UCUCAUCCCUCUCAUCUACUGACACACUUACCUCUUCAUUCCAUUCCGCCCUUCAUCGCGCGUUUCUCCCCUUCCCUCCCUCUCCUCUUUGACGACAGAACGAUUGACGACGCUACGAAUCUCUUACGAGUAACGAGCCACGACAGGACACGAGAUUGUCCCCAGAACGAGACCUCACCAUCUGCGCCACGCCAAGAAAGUGGGCGCCCACAACGCGCAGCGUGCAGGCCGACCAGUCUUCGACGAGCGAUAUUGCAACGACCAUGGCGGACAGUAGCGCAGUGGUCGAUGAUGCGAGUGAUGUUCGAAGCGCAGGAACCAAGGCUUUGCUGGAUGCCCUGAUCAAUGGCUACAACAAACAGGGUGGGAGUGGAUCGCCACCAGCUUUGCACGCUGUUGAUCAAGGUGCUCGACCAAGCGGUUCCUCCUUAAAGCUGCGCUACUCUCCUUCCUCGAUCGGCGUUGCUCCGAACGACGCAGAUGCAGUGCGAAGUGCGGGCACGAAAGCCCUGCUGGAUGCUCUCAGCAAUGGCUACACCAAGCCUGCUGGCGGUGGAGCGGCACCCGCGAAUCAUGCUGUCCAGCAAGGAGUCUCUCCCGAUGGAGGAGCUCGCAAGCUGCUGUACUCUCCGUCAUCCAUCGGCAUCACGCCCGUCUCUCAGACCGCCCCACCUUCCAAUCUAGCAGCCUUUCCAAAGCUUCUAUCCGCUGAUGUCGACCCAUCCUUCCAGGGCCACAAGUCGCAUGAAAUCGUGUCCGCCUUGGCAAAGCAUCACGAUGACAUGCAAAAGCUAGAGGAGGAGCUCAAAAGGUUGGGAAAGGAUGGUGACCUGCACAAAGGUCACCACUCAAACGAGUUGGCGGAGGCACUCGUCGCUUGGAGGCACAAGCAUCCUGAUCUAAAGAUUGCCGACUUCAAGGCCGACAAGGGCUUGAGCAACUUUCUGGCCGGUUCAGCGGGUGCAACGGGUGGUGCAAUCGCUCUGAACUCUUUGGAAACGCCUGCAAGCUUUGCAGUGGAUGGGACGACGACUACGGCGAUGACUUUCUCUUGGGCCGCUCAGCUCAAAGCUUUGCAGUGGGCUAGAGUCAUCUACUGUAUCACGUGGAUUGUCGGAGGCUUGUUUCUGCUCUUCUUUGGCUUCGCCUCGCUCUACUGGCUUUCCAGAAAGGGCAAAAAAGCAGGCACACCCUUGACCCCCGCCGCAGCUGCGCUUCCGGGCCUUCGAGGAUCAAAUGGUAAAAGCAAAGGGAGCAGAGGACGAUCUGCACCUCUCGCCGGAGGAAUCGGCGGGCUUCUCAUCGGCUUCUUUGGCUUUUCGACUCUUGCAAGUCUCAUCAAUGCCGCCAUCUGCAUCGCCAAUCCGGCUCGGACAAUGUCUUCGGGCGCCUACUUUGCAGUCUGGCUCGUACCUGGACUACUUGGCGCUGCGCUUUGCGGCCAUUUCAAAUUUGCUGCCAGGCUGUUCAGCGGCUUGCUCGGAGCUGCAAGUCUCACCAUCAUCCUCACUGCCAUGUUCGGCAUACACACUUUGCUCAUUCGCGCCAUCCUCGUCAGCAUUCUUGCGGUGCUCCUCAGCGCGCCACUCUUGUUGCCCCGAUCGGCACUGCUUCAACGACACCUGCUCAACCUCAACACUAGCCUCAUCGGUUCGGUCGUCUUCUUGAACGGUGUUGCGCUCUUCGCGCCACCCGAAAAGUCUACCGAAAGCUGGAUAAACCUAACAGCGGUGCUCUUUGCUCCGGACGGAUCGGACGCUUUGAGCGCUGCCGUGGACAAUUGGGGCACGUCGGCUUUUAAAGGAUUCAUCGCUGGGGCGGUCCUAGCAGUCGUCAUUGGAUUUUCAUUCGAGGCUUUGCUCCAUUCGCACUCGGGAGAGGAUGCCGAGGCUUCAUGGAACGACUAUCUGGGCGCAUAUACGGAGAGAUACGAAAAGAGUGGAAUGCUGCCUGGCCAAUACGAAGGAAGUUUGGCCAGACAGGGCCUUUUCGAACCUGCUCCGACGCCCUGGCAGCGCAUCGCGGCUGUGUUUGCUGAGGCAGGAUCGGCAAGAUCCGGACCCGCAUCGUACGGCAACAUUCCUGGCGGGCAAAAUGUUGACGACAGGGACACAGAUGCAGAUACGCUCACUGCGAUUCCAACCAGGAAGCGUAGCAGAGGCGCUUCGAGUCGCAGGACGCACAAGAGUGGCAAGACGUCUCGAGGCGUGCCCGCUAGGUUCGAGGCUCUCAGUAGGAGAGACAAAGAUUUGGACUUGGAGAAUGGGGACGACAGCGAGAGCGAAGGGGAUGACUUGGACGCUACGGAUGUUGAAGACGUAGCUGGCGAUCUUUCCCAAGAAGCGUCGGAUAGCAAGAGUCGUUUGAGCUCCGCUAGCAAGGGACCUGCGACGUCCGAGCAACUCAGCGCCUUGGCUCGCAGCACAUACGCUUUGCCAUCGCCAUUACCUCGUCCACCUGGAUCAUUGAGCACCGCGACGCCCUUGCCGUCGUACAGAUCGGACGCGACGGCCUCGACGGGCGUGGGAUCGAACAUGUCCGGCAGUACCAAGGUGUCCUCCGUCAGCACAGCGCACGAUGGCACGCCCCACAAGGCAUUUGAGAAUUACAGAGACGCGGGAGCGCCUAGGGCUCCCAAUUCCUCUUCCAGACCCACGAGCCCUCUGAAUCCCGCUUCGGGCGCAAACAACGGGAAUGCGGUGCAGGCUACGCCAAGCUUGAUCAACGCGAUCAGUCGUAUACAGGCAGCUCAGGCUCAGGCUAGAGCUUGGCAAGCUGCUCAAUCGUCGAAUAGCAGCCCGUACGGCGAUCAAGAUCCCACCGGCUUGCCUCGUGCCACUUCGCCUAGAACACCAAAAUAGGGAGAACAAGACGAUUUUGGCAAUUGUUUGAGGGUUGGAGUGGACAAGAAGCGAGCUGUGGACAUUUACGCGGACUUGCUCUUGCUUUGUCCAUCACUGGAGGAUGCCCCUACACCGGCCCAGCCCUGACCAGCGCGUUGGUGGCGCACAUUCUUGGAGGCGCUUUACUACCGGACAAUAUUUUUCCUUCGCACGCGAAAUCGUUUAUAUCCAGCCACGCAGUUUGUUCGGAUCGUUUGGCUUUUUGCGGACUGCAUAUAUGUUUCGUUGGGCGUCGCACGAUGUUUGGCUACUUUAUCGACUCUUGCGAGUCUCGUUGCAACUCUAUAUGAUUCAUCGUU